ACAAGCAAAGCAGCAGCAACAGCCAACACCUAAACUAAAGAACAGUAGUAGUCCCUGUGUACGUCUAGCAACGAUCCGCACCGAGCUCGCCAGUUUUGCUCGUUAGUUUGGGGACGGCGAUGGCGUCCGGUCAGGAAAGCAGGGAGGAGCUGGCGCGCAUGGCCGAGGAGGGGCAGACCGUCGUCCCCGGCGGCACCGGCGGCAAGACCCUCGAGGCGCAGGAGCACCUCGCCGAAGGGCGCAGUCACGGCGGGCAGACCCGGAGUGAGCAGCUGGGCCAUGAGGGGUACAGCGAGAUGGGCAGCAAGGGCGGGCAGACCCGCAAAGAGCAGCUGGGCCACGAAGGGUACAGCGAGAUGGGGAGGAAGGGCGGCCUGAGCACCAUGCAGGAGUCCGGCGGCGAGCGCGCCGCCCGGGAGGGCAUCGAGAUCGACGAGUCCAAGUUCAGGACCAAGUCCUAGAUCUGAUGCGUGCCCCCGCUUAGCAUGUAGUACGUAGCUGCAGGAAUGUAGUGUCGUCGUAGUAGUAGGGUAGUCGUACGACGUGCCGCUCCUCGUUUGGCACGUGUGCCCUGAAUAAUGUAGUGCUGUCAGUCGUCGUCCUAGCACGCGUGUAGGAGACCAUACGUGCGCGUAUGAUCAUGCGUGCUUCGCUUCAGUUAGGUUCUGAUGUUGGUCGUCGUCACCGUGUUUGAAGCAGGCAGGUCUCUUCAGGCUUUGUCGUCGUAGCAGCCUGUGUUCUAGCUCUACGACCCCAUACUCAUAGCGUGUGGUGGUGGGUCGUGAUGCCUUAAGGUCUCCGAGUUUGUAUCCGUGCUUGUUUCGUUAAGGUAGUUUGGUUCAUAACUCAAA